AUGAAGUAUUUCCAAAAUGGAUUGAAUCAAAUUUGCCAAUAAAUAAUUCGACCAGCAAGAGCAGAAUACACAAUAUAUGAUUUAUCUUCUUAUUAGAUUUAGGAAGAUAGUCAAUACACAAGAGAGGAUUUUGAUAUCAUUAAUCCUCGACAAGAAGUGAUCAAAGUUAGUUAAUACAUAGGCUAAUAAAAGAGCGAUGUCUGCAUUAUCUACUUGCAUACUGCCAAUGGUUCUAGAAUGGAAGUGAGCAAAUAUGUAUCGAUGAUAAUUAAAAAUGGGUUUGCAUUGAUUUCAUUCGAUUUUACUGGGUCUGGAAUGUCAGACGGAGAGAUCGUGACUUAUGGACAUAGAGAGGUAGGAGAUUUGCAAACUGUCAUAAACCAUUUCAAAUCAUCAUAUAAAUAAAUCAUACUCUGGGGAAGAUCGAUGGGUUCUGCUGUUGCUCUCCAAUAUAUGCAAAAGUUCAAUAACAUACUCAUCAAAGGAAUGAUCUUGGAUAGUCCAUUUGUUUGCUUACUAGAUGUGAUUUUGUAAAUGGCAUCAAGUAAAACUAAAAUCCCUAAUUUCAUUUUGAAGAGUCUAUCCACUUUUGUAUCAAAUGAACUCAAAAAAUAAGCUGGAUUUGAUUUAGAAGAAAUCAAUUGUCUCAAAAAGAUUUCGUCAAUUAAGUGUCCUGCCAUAUUCGUGACUUCCAAGUUGGAUACGAUUGUACCGCCUGAACAAACUGAAAAACUGUUUAAGGCUUAUACAGGCAUCAAGCAAAUCCAAUACACAAAUCAACAGCAUAAUGGCAUUAGAGACCAUGCUUUUAUUGAAACACUUAUCCAAUGGUUCAAAAAGAGAACUCCGAUCUUUGAGAGACUGGGAGUGGGCACUCAGAUCAAAUAGAGAAUAAUGCAUAAAUAAAAAAAUACAUUAGGAACAAUUAAGUAGGUUUCAUUGGAUCUCUACAAGGAAAGAUCUUCGAUACUAGAAUACCAAAGAAGUUUGAACACUUCAGUAUCUCCCAGAUAAACGAUCAUGAAUAAAUAGAAAUUAACUGCAGAGGAGAAGUAUAAUCAAAUGUUGGAAACUCAAAGAUCUCUUUAUUUGGAUCGGUCUGUUUCUGCAAAAAGAAUUUAAAUUAGCAAUUCCAUUGAUUAUUAGAUAUCUCCUAUGCCUUUAGCACCUUUAAGCAAUAAAAUAGUUACUUCAUCAUAACACAAUUAUUUCUCUCAUUCAAAACCCAUCACUUUCACCAAGAUACCUCAUAAGACAAAAGAUUGCACUUAGGUUUGA